AUGGACCAAGACCGUUCCACGGGCAUAGCCUCUAACUUCAAAUUCCGUCGACCGAGCAGCAAGCUGCAUAAAGAACCCCCACAAUUUAAUCGUCCAUUAAAAUCCCAACAGAGCAACCCCUCGCUCAAGAGACAUCCAUCUGCCCCCGUCUACCCCCGGAAUUACACCGGGAGCCGUGAACACCUGCGCACUCGCUCAAACGCUUAUGGAUCAUCGUCCUCGUCGUCAUUGGAGCAGCAGCAGCAACAGAACAAUAAUAACAGUGCAGGUCAUUCACCCGUUGGUGAGUAUCUUUACUCUUCGCAUCGUUCGUCGCAAGGUCGGCAGCCUCAUUCUCUCUGGUAUUCAUUGACCAACGACAAUAAUUCAGAUGAUCUGACCGGCCCGCCGUUCGAUGUCCGGGGAAUGUUUAAUGUCCUUGAAGAAGGUGGUGACUACUCGGCAAAUCAACAGGAGAGACUGCAGCAGCAAGAACAAAGCGACUUUUCCUCCGCACCACCCCGCCGCCCACCGACUUUGCAAUCUUACCACACCAGCCCUGAUCCUCGUGGUAAACAGGUUUUGCGACAAUCUGCCAGUUUUACAGCCCUAAACAAUCCACGCAUGGAUACUGCGCUACCCCAGAUUCAAGAUGCGCCGUCGAAUUCCAAGAGGAAUUCAGACGAGGGGAUCGGAUCGAAACCUCGAAGGAAAAACACGUUCUCAAGCUUCGUGAAUAGUGUCCUGGGCUCACCGCGCAAUAUCAAGAUUUCUGCACCUGAGAAUCCUGUCCAUGUUACUCAUGUUGGAUACGAUAAUCAGACUGGCCAGUUUACUGGCUUGCCCAAAGACUGGCAAAGGAUGCUACAAGCGAACGGAAUUUCGAAAAAAGAACAGGAACAACAUCCACAAACAAUGGUCGAUAUCAUGAGAUUUUAUGAAAGAACAGCCGCUGGCGCUGGAGAUGAAGAAGUGUGGCACAAAUUCGAUCAUGCUAUUCCUCGACACGGUGACUACCCAGACGGUAUGAGUCCCUCUGCAACUAGUCCGCGCUUUCCCCAGAACCAUGAAGGGAGUUUCGAAAACCCUCGCGCUGCUCCAGCUCCCCCGAAACCUUCGCAGAGUUCCCCAGUGCCCGUAUUGUCGCCUGCUAUAGUCCCCAACCGUGCCGCUCCCAAACCGCCUACUGUUGCUACUGGUUUAGUUCCCUCUCGACCACCGCCUCAACCUCCCGUUGUUAACAAAUCUCCGGCCACUUCAAGACCACCAAACGAGCCACUUACAACAACCACAACACCGUCUAUUCCUGAAGACGAGCCUGUCUAUACCAAUGCCACUUCUCCUGUUGUUCCCGUCGCUAUCCAUUCCCCUGCGCAAUACCAGCAGCAACAGGAGCGAGCUAUGGCCGUGGCGCAGCAGGCGAUUAUUGAUAAGCAACUUGAUCGAAGUCGCAGCCAACGUCAGCAACAGCAUCCUCCUUCACCAAAAGUAGAACAACAGAUCACUCCCGUAGCAACCCCUCCAACACCGCAGCAUCAGUUCUCCAAUGCGCAAGCACCAGUUCCGCAUCCGGCCCUGCAACAGCAACAGCAACAGCAACAGCAAGCUGCUGGUUCGGUUCCUCGGCCUCGACCUCGUGCGCGCCAGAGCAACGCUUUCGACGUUCGCGCCAAACUACAGGCUAUUUGCACGCCCGGAGACCCUACCAAAAAGUACUACAAUCUAAACAAGAUCGGACAAGGCGCUUCUGGAGGUGUUUUCACUGCAUACGAGAUGAACACUAACAAGUGUGUUGCCAUCAAGCAAAUGAACCUGGAUUUACAGCCUAAGAAGGACCUUAUUAUCAACGAAAUUCUGGUCAUGAAGGACAGCAGCCAUAAGAAUAUUGUCAAUUUCAUGGACAGCUAUCUGCACGGGCUCGACUUGUGGGUUGUAAUGGAAUACAUGGAAGGAGGAAGCUUGACGGAUGUUGUCACAUUCAAUAUCAUGUCUGAGGGCCAAAUUGCGGCUGUUUGCCGUGAGACAUUAAGCGGUCUUCAGCAUCUUCAUUCAAAAGGCGUCAUCCAUCGAGACAUCAAAUCCGACAACAUUCUACUCUCUAUGGAUGGGGAGAUCAAACUGACCGAUUUCGGCUUCUGUGCUCAAAUCAACGACUCUCAAAACAAGCGCAACACUAUGGUAGGAACGCCUUACUGGAUGGCACCAGAGGUCGUGACGCGAAAGGAGUACGGCAGUAAGGUCGAUAUCUGGAGUUUAGGUAUCAUGGCGAUUGAGAUGAUUGAGGGCGAGCCUCCGUAUCUUACCGAAUCACCCCUUCGAGCGUUGUACCUGAUUGCCACAAAUGGCACCCCGAAGAUCAAGGACGAACAGAAUCUUUCGCCCGUCUUCCGAGAUUUUCUGCACUUGGCGCUACGUGUCGAUCCGGAGAAGAGAGCAUCUGCUCACGAUCUACUCAAGCAUCCUUUUAUGUCCGUUUGCGAACCUCUCAACAGUCUCGCUCCCCUGGUCAAAUCUGCCCGUAUCAGUCGAGCCCAAGAAAAAGCCCAAAAGGGUGGCGCUUAACGUACUUUUUCUGCUGUAAAUUUUCGUUUUAUUCCUCGUCUCAACGCCUUCGGCUUCUAUGACCCCAUUAUACCCGUGCUUCCAGGGCACAUUGAUGCGACUGCUCUGGUUCCUUUCUCUGCGGAUUUUAUGUUUAUCCUGAAUGUUUAGACAGUGUGUCAUUCUGCUUUUCCUCUCCACCAUAUAUCGCACGAUGUCUUCGACGGUAAAAAUUCUCAUGACUUUGCUACGAUCACUGAUCCUUCUGCAUAUUCUGUCGUUUUAGACCCAAUCUCAAUGCACUGUUGAUGUAUAAUGUUUACACAUAUUUGCAAAGUUUGCCGAAUGGGUUCGAAUUCUGAUUUCUGCUACUGAACGUUGUUGGUUCCUAUGUCGAUACUGUGUAGAGUAUAGAUUUGCAACGGUUGAAUCUGAUGAGCCUAUGGACAUAUG